CGGCCCCCCGCCCCGCGUCCCGGGCCCAGCAUGGCCGCCCCGGAGUCGGGCCCGGCGGCGCCGCCCCCGCCGCCUCCGUCCGGGGUUGACCGCGUCGUUAAAGCCGUCCCUUUUCCCCCUACACAUCGCUUGACAUCCGAAGAAGUGUUUGACGUAAACGGAGUACCCAGGGUUGACAUUUUGAAAAAUCAUUUAGUAAAAGAAGGUCGGGUAGAUGAAGAAAUUGCACUUAGAAUUAUCAAUGAAGGUGCUGCCAUCCUGCGAAGAGAGAAAACAAUGAUAGAAGUAGAAGCUCCAAUUACAGUUUGUGGUGACAUUCAUGGUCAGUUCUUUGAUCUGAUGAAGCUAUUUGAAGUGGGAGGAUCACCUGCAAACACAAGAUACCUCUUCCUUGGUGACUAUGUGGACAGAGGUUAUUUUAGUAUAGAGUGUGUCCUGUAUUUGUGGGUCUUGAAGAUUCUCUAUCCAAGCACAUUAUUUCUUCUGAGAGGAAAUCAUGAAUGCAGGCACCUCACAGAAUAUUUCACCUUUAAACAAGAAUGUAAAAUUAAGUAUUCAGAAAGAGUCUAUGAAGCGUGUAUGGAAGCUUUUGAUAGCCUGCCUCUUGCUGCACUUUUAAAUCAACAGUUUCUUUGUGUUCAUGGUGGGCUUUCACCUGAAAUACACACUCUGGAUGAUAUUAGAAGAUUAGAUAGAUUCAAAGAGCCCCCUGCAUUUGGACCAAUGUGUGACUUGUUGUGGUCUGAUCCCUCAGAAGACUUUGGAAAUGAAAAAUCACAGGAACACUUUAGUCACAAUACAGUUCGAGGAUGCUCUUAUUUUUAUAGCUAUCCAGCAGUUUGUGAAUUUUUGCAAAACAAUAAUUUGUUAUCAAUAAUUAGAGCUCAUGAAGCUCAAGAUGCAGGCUAUAGAAUGUACAGAAAAAGUCAAACUACAGGGUUCCCUUCAUUAAUAACAAUUUUUUCGGCACCUAAUUACUUAGAUGUCUACAAUAAUAAAGCUGCUGUAUUAAAGUAUGAAAAUAAUGUGAUGAAUAUUCGACAGUUCAACUGCUCUCCACAUCCUUACUGGUUACCAAAUUUUAUGGAUGUCUUCACAUGGUCUCUACCAUUUGUUGGAGAAAAAGUUACAGAGAUGUUGGUAAAUGUUCUGAGCAUUUGUUCUGAUGAUGAGUUGAUGACUGAAGGUGAAGACCAAUUUGACGUAGGUACAGCGGCAGCGCGAAAAGAAAUAAUCCGAAACAAAAUCCGUGCAAUCGGCAAGAUGGCAAGAGUCUUUUCUGUCCUCAGGGAGGAGAGUGAAAGCGUGCUGACACUCAAGGGUUUGACUCCCACGGGAAUGUUGCCAAGUGGAGUGUUGGCUGGAGGACGGCAGACCCUGCAAAGUGUUCCUGUCUCAGCAGCUGACGCAGGCACCCGGUGUUGCGUGUUUAGUCGGCCAGUGUCCGACCGAUACCUGACCAGGGUAUAAAACUAAGAAGCCAGUAUUAGAACCGAGAAAUCACCGUCAGCCCCUCCGACUUUUAUCAGAGGAUUUAGAUUAAGCUCGUGCCAUCGUCCCGGGGCCAUUUGUGAUCGAUGAUCUUUCGUGGUUUAUUUAUACAUUUAUUUAUCUGGAUUAUUCAAAGUUUGCACUGUGCUUUAGAGCCUGAGCUGUGAAAUAUGAAGACCAGUGCCUAGUCAUUUGGGGGACACUCAGAAUGCAGAAAUGGAAAUGUGAUUCCCAGUCUUUUGUUGUUUGCUUUUAAUUUAUGUAACUGUAUUAGACUGUGCUUGUUGUUUUCGUUGGAAAACUUCCCAUGCUUCUAGUGCUGAGAUCCACGCUGGGCCCUAGAGCAUUACUAUGCACUUCACUUGCAGAUCGAUUUGUGCGAGGUUUUGUACCCUGGGUAAAUGAUACCAAAAUUUGUUUUCUGUGGUGUUUGUCGAACGUUCUAUGUAUAAUGGACUGUCUCUGUAACAUGCUGUUUCCUUCCUCUGCAGAUGUAGCUGCUUUCUUAAAAUCUGUCUGUCCUUCUCUAGGUAUAGCUGUUAUGUCUGUAUAAGUAUGUUUAAUUAAACUACUCUUUCAGACCUUUGUUUGUCUCUUCAUGUAGAAGCAACCCCGCAGCACCUCGUUUCGAGGCCAGCUGCGUUUGCUACUGCACAUUGUGUAACUGAGUAGAUGUUCAGUUGUUGUUAUAAAGUAAGUGGAGAAUAAAGGGGUUGAAUUUAAAUCCUGUAAGUCAAAAUGAAAGGGUGUUUAUCAAGUGUGCCUAUAUUUUUGCAUGAAAAUAAAAAGAAUUAUAUAUAAAGCAUUCCUGUAAUCUGGCUCAUUGAAUAUCUUAUAAAAACUAAUUAUUUUCUGAGUUGGUGAAAAUACCGAAUCAGCUUUUUAGACAGCCCAUCACAGAUUAAAUAGGUAUCAGAGAAGUGAGGUGAAUUUUACAGGAUGUAUCCAGUGACAAAGUCCAGAAUUGAAUUUCAGUGAUUGGACAGCAGAAAAAUAGAUCUGGAAGGAAAUGGGCUUGCCGCCAUCUGUUAGCCAACCCCGUUGCGAGAUCCUGCAGGAAACAUUGCUUAUAUUUCAUUAGGAACGAUAACUCUGGAAGCAUUCUGUAAAUUAGACAAGAUUUUUAAAUUUUUUAAAAUCAGAAUUAGAUCCAUUGAGUUAGUAAUUGAUUGUUUAAAAAUAAGUUAUUUUCACACUUUGGUUAAAUGUUUCCAUUCAAUUUCAUUUUCAUUUUGAGACUUCCUUAAUGACCACAAAUAUAAAAGCUCCUUUUUAUGUAUAAAUUGUUUUUCCCCACAACACAGUUAUAUGUACUCGUAGCUUGUACCUGUCCUAGUUUUGUAUGUGUUUUGUCUACAACAACAGUAAUGUGUGUGAUGGGUCCAUCAGAGUUGUUUUUGAAAGCAUACACAUCUCUAAUUUUAGUUGGUAUUUGCAUUCUGAAUCAUUUUUACAAGGUUGCAAUAUCAAUUUUCAUUAAAGUCCUGUUUUCUAGGACAGCACUGUUCUGUAAACAGUAGAAAGAAGAGCAAAGUUUUUGUGGGGUUUAUGAGUUUGUUGCAUUAUAAUAAGUGGAGAAGGCUCUGAACAUUCAAAAAUAAAUAAUAGUAGACUAUAUUUCUUCAGCUUGAUUUGUAUUUAGCAUCCUUCCUCCUAAGAACCCCAGAAAGAGAAGCUGAAGACCAAAUAAAAUGAGAGAGUUGACUGCCUUACUGAUUCAUGGAUCCAGAAAAUUAUUGAUAGCAUCUCUUUGUAGAAAUGAAUUUAAAAGAGGUUUUUACAUAAUGUACAAAUUGAACCAAUCAGGUGAUUUUUAUUCAAGAAAAAGCAAAGUAGUACUAUUAUUUAUUUGAUUUCACGUUCCGGUGCAGACUCUGUCUUCACUAGAACCUCUGUUGAAGACAUGACAAAAACUUUCUCAGUAAUGUCACAGUGCUUCCACUUAUCCAGCCAUUGGGAACUUUAAGGACCACAGUUUGAUGUAGGACUGUCUCAGAGUAUAUUUGUGGUUUGAAAGAAUAGAUAAGUGAAAAUGAGCAGAGGUUAAGUGAUCAGAAGAGAAACAACAAAAUGUCUUAUGGGAUGUUUAAUCAUGAAAAAGCUGUCUUCUUUUUGACUUCUUAUUUACCAUGGCGUUUCAUACAUCUACAUGUAUGUCUCAGUUCAAAGUAGUUUGCUUUAUUAUGGUUGGUACAAGACUGCAACAAAUAUAAUUUGAUUUAGGAAAUGGUGAAUGUAUACAGUAUGGAAAUAUAAAGCGAUUAAGAAAAUAUAAAAUUUCACCUUUUAAGAGUUUGACGUUUUACUUACAGAUUUCUUUUUACCAUCGAUAUAAUUAAAUAAUCCAUAAUUCCAAGAGUAAAUGGCACUUUGAUCAUUAUCAUAUUUGCUUUUCUAUAAUGAUAUGACAAGUUAUGAGUAGUUUUUUUUUUUAAUAGCAACACUUCUGUUCCUCAAAGACAACUAGGAAAAUAAGCCCUUUAGAAGUUAAUUGCUUGAGUUUUCCGAAUCUCUGGAGGACCACUUUCUGAUUUCUCUCUUCAAGGGUAUCCUCUAAGUGGGCCACACUUCAUUUUAAAAUUGUAACAAAUGUAAAUUUAGCCGUAAGAACUAUAAAGUGUCCCUCUGUUUAAAAGUCAUGAUUUGGCAUCUAGCUUCAUUUGUUUUUCGUCUUUUACAGUUCAACAGUCAGUGUUCUUUCCCAAGAUAGUCACUCCGUUUGAGAAUCACUGUAACGCCCCGAUAACUUUGCCAUAACUUUUGAUUUAACGUUACGUCUACAGAGUGUUUUUACCAUCACCAAAUUGUCACUCCCAAGACUUCUACUUUACACACCUCUGUACAAGUAGCCCUAGUGAAAGAGAUGCUCAGAAACUGCUGUAUUUUAAGCAUUUGUGAACAAACUCUUGUACUAAGCAUUUUCACCGAAGGUGGGUAUGGUGCAACAGUCCCGGUGUUACAAAGUUGUCGGCUUUCUAUAGCCUACUGCUCUAACUUGCGGCUAGAGCAGCUCCUUGAAAGGAUUUUUAUCACCCAAGUGAUCCAGAAAAAAUGCCUUGAGGUAAAUUGCUCAGCUCAAGUCCCCUAAAAUUCUUUAAAGCUUAAUGCUAGACAGUGGAUGUGUACCUUUUUUUUUGAGUGUAGAUGGCGUCCCAUACAUCUACAUCA